UUUCGUUUUUGUACAACAGCAUAUUAAAAACAAACUCCUACAAAAUAUUUGCAAUUACGUAGUUGCUUUCAUAUUUCCUAGUAGGCUUACCUAUUAAAAAAUACAAAUAUAUUAAUUAUUAAUCACCAUCGCGGCAUUAUGUUUGGAUCAAAGCAUCACGCAUGCCAUUCAUGCAACAACAAACAAACAAAGAAACAAAAACAACAACAACAACAACAACAUAUUUUUACUUUAUAUCUUCACGACUGCAGACGAACAUUACUUCACUGAGAGACUGUUAACUUAAAGAUGCUUCUCUAAUGCAUAAAAGUAAAAAGCCACUUGUAUUGUUUUGUAAAUUAUUUGCACAAGCAUAACAUUUCCAACGAUGAAGGAUUUUUCCUUCUUUGAUAUACAUAUCGCAUGCAUUAAUACUAAAUGAAUAUAGGCUAUUGUUUUUUCUUCUUUGCCGCUUUCCAUUGACAUGCGUUGAAUUAAAACCUCCUCUGACCCAAUUAAAGGCCAGGCAGCUGCGGGCUGUAAUCAUUACGAGAGAUGGCCCAUAUCACCGCGCACCGCUCCGGGAAACGUCUUGUUCCUCUCGGUACAUGGGCGGCGCUCCUGUCAAUCACAGCCACGACGCGCGCGCGGGUACAUAAGCAGCGCGCCGCGAGCGCACCGCAGUACUUCUCCCGAGCGCAUCCGAUCGAUACAAAGCAGAUCCGCCUGCCUUCGAUGCGCCCCGUCAUGGAGCAGAGCGUCAAAGCGGCCGCAGCCCUGCAGCCCGGCGUCCUGCUCGCCUACAGAAGCGCGACCGGGUUCGGCGUCAGCGCGCUCUCCAAAGCCGGACUGGGGAUCCUCAAACUGGCCACGACGCAGCUGAAGCAGCAGGAGCAGAAGGCGCGGGUGGCGCGCGCGUCCAGCCUGGACAAAAGGUCCCCUCUGGACCAGCUCGCCGCGCUGGUCUUGCACGGCAACGCGCGCCUCCAGCCGCUGGCGGGCGAGCCGCACGCCACCAAGCCGCAGAACUGCAGGCGCAUCGUGGUGCUCGGCGCGCCGCGCGUCGGGAAGACCUCCAUCCUGCGCCGCUUCCUGCGCGACGGCUUCGAGGAGCGAUACGAGCCCACGAGCGAGGACUUCCAUCGAAAACUCUACCGAAUCCGCGGAGAGACGUACCAGAUAGACAUACUGGACGCGUCCGGGGAGAGGAGCUUCCCCGCCAAGAGGAGGCUGUCCAUCCUCACCGGAGACAUAUUCCUGCUGGUCUUCAGCGUCGACGACCGAGGCUCGUUCGAGGAAGCGCGCGCUCUUCACGCCGAGAUCCUCGCGGCCAAGACGGCGCUGCACCGAUCCAAGCAGAAGGCGCGCGCGCCCACGGUGGUGUGCGCGAACAAGGUGGACCUGCCCUCGGAGCGGCGCGCGGUGUCGCGGACAGAGGUGCUGCGCGCGCUGGGCCCCGGCUGCGCCCUGUUCGAGACCUCCGCCAAAGACUGCGUCAAUCUGGAGCAGGUGUUCGAGGCGCUGGCGCGGCGCGGCGGGCUCCCCCUCGAGACCGGGCCCUCGCAGCACCGCAAAGUGUCCAUCCGCUCGUACCAGGCGCUGCGGGCGGCGGCGUGCGACGCUCCGUGCGGCGCGCUCUUCCCGCUGGCCCGCAGACCGAGCUUCGGCACGGACCUGCGGCUCGUCCUCGGGCCCAAGGCCGGGAGAAAACAGAGCAAAGCGCCGGACAGGUGUCAGAUCCAGUGAAGCCAAGCAGACUCUCAAAGAGCGUUUCGUGCUUUCCAUCUUCUGGAGAUGUUCAGAAUCAUCUGGAGAGGAAGAGCAGUCAUAAGCAGCAUGCAGCCAACAAAACGCGUUAUUCCUUGAAGAUAUUAUAAGGAAAACUUUUCAUUUUGGCCACAUUUCGCUUAUUUUUUAAUUUUGUUAUUUAUUUCGUGUUUUUCCACCCAGGUUUUCAAACAGCCGUAAUCUAACCAACCCUACCGAAAGCUUAUUUAUCAAUUCAUCAUUUCACGAAUGUACUCUUAUGACUGCUUUUCCGGUGCAUUUUAAGAAACAGGCCAUAAAACUUCAUUCUCACCGAUUCGUUUCGAUUCUACUCGGUGCUCGAGGAACAGAGAAGCGUCUGGGUAAGCUUCAGGCCGGUGGAGACCGAAUGAAACUACACCGUGAUGAAGCCCGAGACGUGAAGAACCGACUCGUUUCCGUCUCUCCUUUCAGAUGAAGACCCGCUGAGCUCGUGAGAUGCUGUGUAUGACACGUGUGAAGCUUUGAAAUAAAACGCUUUGGUAGGAA